AUGAAUCUUGUGUUACCGCUACUACCAACAGAACGGCAGCUUUUAUGUGUGGCUUUCGCCAUCUUCAAGCUGUUCGGUUUCAUACCGUUCCCGUUCGAUUGCUACACGUUUGAGCUGAAACCUUGCAGCACUAAAAGAACACUGUUGCAUCUUCCUCUAGGACAGCUUCUAUUCUACGUCAUCGCGCACUGUACUGUGAUGCUGAGAAGCGCUGACAUAUUUUACACCGAGCUACAGAUCCUGAACUUCAACGACAUUUUAAAAUAUGGAUCUCUGGUGAUGGCUGUUUUCGUGAUUUUUAUAUGCACCAUAGUACAGCGCAACACGCACCGAAGCAUUUGGGACAUGUUGAGGCAUCUUCGUGGCACUACGCGCAAGGAGUACGUACAACGCUAUACACGCCAAUAUCUGUGGAAGUUCUAUGGUUACCUGUUGUUCAGUGCGAUCGUUGAAGCGUUAGAGCUGUACAGUAUUCAUAAUUCUCCGCCGGAUUUAGCAUACUGGUUGAUGACACUGAACUUGAGCGCCUUUCUACGAUUUCGUCAUCUUUUCCACAUGUUCUACAUCAAUUUACUCAAGAUACAGUUCAAGCAGUUGCAGUAUGGGCUAGUGGAUGUCAGCAGUUACAUGGGCAAUCUACGUGCACACCCGAAAGGAUCGAAAUUAUAUCGAGAGUUGUACAAUCGAUGCGUUGAUCGUUUGCUUGAGUUGAAAAAUGUGUACGGACAGCUGUGGGAGUUGAGUGACAGCAUCAACCGUACCUUCGGAUGUCCACAGAUUUGUAAUUUUUCAGGCAAUUUUGUACAACUUUCGUGCGAUCUAUACUGGUGUUACAUGACCGCAAAAGGAUACGGUGUCGGUGACUACCAAGAUUUUAUGUUCAUUACAUUAUUGCCAACAUCGUGUCUUAUUGUUCUAUUGCUGAGCUCUGCCGAAGCAUGCCUUCGUGUGACAUCCUCGCUUCAGUCAACACUGCUGGAAAUUCCCCACGAAAAUAAUCCUACCUUCCGAAAGAUCGUCUACCGCUUUGGUUUGCAGAUCGCACAGCAAAAGAUACGCCUGACAGCUUACGGAUUGUUCGAAAUUAAUUACUCACUCUUGAGAAUGUUCGCUACUGGAAUUACGACGUACAUGAUAAUUUUUAUCACUUUUUCCAAAGAGCUUACUCCUGCAGAAGUCUCUGAUGACUAA